CAAACGUGAAUACACAGAUAGGUUAUUUAGUGAAGGACAUAUGCGCAGUUUGAUUGUUGCUUCAUUUUCUUGCUUCUAUUGUAAGACAAGCAUCCAAGAUGUCAGUAUUGAAAACAAUUACCUUGAGCAUAAUUGUUCUGCUUUUAGAACAGCUGGUGGUAUAUGAGAGUCGUUUCUGCUCCUGGUCAAAGAAUUCUGCGCUGAGUGUUGAUUCAUGUCCCGAAUCAAAGAAUGAGUUUGGGAGGAGGGCAAAAUUAAAAAAUUGCACAUCUCUUGCGGUCAUUCAAAAUUGCACUGAACCAGUGAAAUUCAAAUACCACUGCCUAAUAGACGAAGCUGAAAAGACCUUUAUUGAAGUUUGUGUUCCAUUAUACAUAAUAACUUUAGGACUCUGUGCAGAAUAUAACACUCUUGGAGCACUAGUUCAACAACACCGUGGUUUGAAAUGCAGCGACAUGGAACCGCCCUGCCCACAGCUUUAUAAUUCCACUGAUGCGUAUCUUUACAAAGGUUGCUACGACAUAGUUAAAAGUAGAAGACAAACGACGUCCUCAGAUAUAAAUUUUGAGUUGUCAACGAAAUUAACUACAAAAGAAAAUUACUUUAACUCAAGUCUUGAAAAUUUCGACACAGUUAAACCUUUAAAUGCUGGUAUGGUUAUUUUUAUAACAUUUGCUGUAGUCGUUUUUCUUCUUAUCGCCAUCGUGACUAUGUCUAUGGUUGUAAGGUACAGGAAACACCAAAGAAAAUUGGGAUUAAUGACUGGAGAUAAAGACAAUUCAGCCUUAAAUGACUCGUCGUAUUGGUUUCCAGACGAAGGUAUACCGAUGCUUCCAGGAGAGGAAAGUGGAAUACCUAAUAGGGAGUCGAUUGGCUUGCCAUCAAGAGGACAUGAAACAGAUCUAUUACCUUCCGGGACGUCAGUUAGUUCAUCAGAAGAAAGUGAGGAAGAAGAGGAAGAUAGUAAUACAGUAUAUGAAAGAAGAAAAGAAUGUAAUAUUGAAGAAUACAAAGAAGAAUUGGAAAAAGCUAAGCUUUUACGAGAUACAGUGGCUGUGAAAGAUACGGAAAUUGCUGCAAAUUUUGAUCGAAAAAAGGCAGAUGCAAACAAUUUCCUCCAAGCUUAUAAAGAUGUACUUGAAUGUUUUGUGAAAACAGGAAUGCUUAAGAAAUGUCAAACAUCGCUUAAAAAAUAUGGCAUAACGAUUUUGAGUGGACAACAAGGAUCUGGAAAAACGUUAUCUGCAGUCUAUAUCAUGUCCAAAAACAAACGAUAUAAUAAUUGGACAAAAUUAAAAUUUACAUCAUGGGUAGAUCUUUUGACAAUAAAGUUAGAAACAAAAACUCUAGUUUAUAUUGACAAUCUUUUUGAUGGUCAUUUGUAUAUGUAUCCAGAGGAAUUACGGAAAUGGUGGUGUUCUCUCAUUUAUUUUUACUUCGAAAGAAUUCAAAGUUCAGAAGAUAUCCAUCUUUUGAUAACAGUUAAAGAUGAUGUAUUAAAAGAAGCGUGCGAGCACAUCAAAACAAACAUUGACGAAAACACGUUUUGUCUAAAAGCAGAAUUACUUCCUUUAUUAGACAAAGAAAAAAAGAAGAUUUUAAAAUCACAGUUCAAACUUGCAAAAACCUUGAAAGGAAUACCGAUUUCUGAUAUCGAUUCCACAUAUGAGGAAAUUAAGAAAUUUGAGAAGUCUUGUGCAAUCGGGUUUCCAUUGUGUGCUCAUCUAUAUGCAUUUGAACCGGUUUUCAAGAGUAAAUCCAUUUUUACCGAUCCAAAAUCCUACGUUAUAAACCACUUUGAAAGAGAAAUAGGAAAAGAUAGUGGAACUGGUGUAAAAACUUUAUUUCUGUUUUUGCUGUUUUAUACGAGCCUAAGCAGUUUAAAGAAAAGAAAAAGAUUGGACCUUAGAUAUGGCAAAGACAUACGGGAGUUUUUGGAAGAUCCUGAAGUGGUUUCGGAAAAUUUUGUAAAAGAAAUGGAGCCUCUGGACUUUGAAAAUUUACCAAAAAUAGCAGAAAGUUUAAAAUAUACAAUAUUGGUGAAGCAUUCUGAGAUGUUUGAGUUUAAACACCAGAUAUAUCUAGAUGGAGCAAGUGAGUAUUUCUUUAGGAAGAAUUCUGAGGUUGCUGUUCGCAACUUUCCUUUAUAUAUCAUUCGUUCAUAUGCAUUCCCAGAUGCCUCUAUGAUUGAUUGGAAUAAUUUGGUCGAACGUUUCAUGAGAGAAUUACAAGAAAAUAUAACUUUUCAUGACACACAAAGGGAUCUUGAGUCUUGUAGAAAUAUGAUACCUGAAGUACUGAGUUGUAAAAUAUUCGAUAAAGAACAGUUUGAAACCAAAUUCAAAAGCGAAUUAGAGAAAGAUGGUGCUCUAUAUUACUUGCUUUUAAAUAAAAAACUGUGCUUUCCAUUUUGGGCAAGCAGGUUUAGACGUAAAAUCUUAUCAGCUACGACAUUUAAUUUCGUUGAACAUUCGGACUACCAGUUUUACCAAUGUUUGUUUGGUGAAUGUUGUGGAAAAGAUAGAAAAUAUUACUCUGGUUCCAGUGCAGACUUAGAUCUCGUCACACUAAAAGAAAAAGUGUGGAAGUUUAAAACCGCCGAUGGAAAAUCAAUUUUGCACAUUAUAAUCAGCUCUCAAAGAUCAGACUACGAGGCACACUUACUUCUUGAGAAAAUGUUAAAAGAUACGUGGGAACAGGACGUCUUGCUGAUCAAUGAUCUUUUGAAAUGUGCAUCAGAAUAUCAGAUAUGUAGUAGAAUAUUAUGCAUGUUAGAGCUACUGCGGAAACAAAAUGAAUUCAAAACUGGGCAUAAACCCCCGGAUGUUUCAAAUGUAAUUGCUCAGUUAAAAUCAAUUAAAGAUUAUAAUGCACAUUUUGAACUUGAAUUUCUUGUUCGCAUUUGCAUAGUUUUAGCAGUUUGUGAAGCACCAAUAAAGAAAGUCAAUACCGACUAUAAUUCUAUUGAUGAAAGGUUUCUUAUGGUGAGAAAAUUACUCGGUGAAAAUGAACAUACCGAAUCAAAAAUGACGGAAACUAUUAAGGAGUGUCUUGCAAAAUGUCGGACAUCAGUUUUGCCUUCGUUAGAAGCAAAAAGCAUACCGUUUACCGAUAGAAUAGGUUCAAAACUUAAACAGGCAAUAUGUGACUCUGUUGGAGUACUUUCAAGAAAAAAUGUACUUGCUGAAAAAGUAGACGUAAACUGAAAAUCAUAAAUAUGUAUGUUGAAAUGAAAACUACAAUUACAUUAGUACUUGAUUUUGUUCUUUAUCGUGAACUGAUCUUUUUUAUGAACAAAUCGUAAAUUAUUAGCUGUGAGUUAAUGAGUUAACAUAUAUAGUGUGGGCAUCUAGUUUGAAUCAAUGUAUUGUUAUGUUAUUGUCGGAAUAUAAUUUGUUCAUGGUCAAAGUACUACAUACAUGUUACUUAAAAUCUUAUUAAGAUGCUUUUUCCGGUAUAAAUUUAAACAUUGUUAAAAUAUGUACGAGAAGAAAGAAUAUUGAAAAAUGAAUAAUGGAUUAAUACAUGUACCACUGUUUUAUGCUUUUUUUUCUAGUGCUAAUUUGUUUUGUUUAUAACACAAUGUGAUAGUUAUAAAAGUUAGUAAAUUAUUACCGGUAAUUGAUAUACGCAGGUUUAAGGUAUUGAAAAUGAAAUAAAUAUUUAUAUUGAUUUAGAUGUUAAGCCAUAUACUAUGUAUAUAAUCAUAUAUAGAUAUUAAAGACAAUU